CUCGAUUGGCCUAAGUGACUUGGAUUUGUUUGGCAUGCUCACAGGGGCCCCACCAUGACAGUAAAACAAAUGACAGGGGAGAAUCUUAAAUCCCCUCCCCUCCCACUCCUGCCUCACCAGAUUUGAUACAUAUGCAAUAAUGCAAACCCUGCUGGCUGUUGCUUCUCAGCAGGGCCAGAAGCUUUGCCUUUAGUCUAGCAGUAGCUACCAGGAGAUCUUCCUGCGAGAGGUGCCUAACAGCUUCAGAGGAAUCAGCACUUGAGCAGUGGGAGCUCUGAGGCAGAGGUGCACUGUUGAGGUCAGCGAGCUGCAAUUUUUGUGGGUUGGGAAGGAAUGGAGAAGCAACACAUCAAGAGGGCCAUGCUGAAGCAAGAACAGACAUUCAGACAGCAGGUUCAUGAGCUGCACCGUGUGUACCGGGUUCAGAAGCAGCUGAUGAUGCAAAUGCAUGUUACCGAGACGGAAGACUACAACAACAUGGCUGCAGAGGGACAAACUGAAUCUACAGUAAAGCUCGGUCGCCAACAAUGGUGCGGUAGCUCAGUCAAGGAAGAGGCUGCACUGGCAGAAGACUUCAACCUGGAGCUGACGCUGGCAACAGGUAGUGCAAUCAGGAAGCAAGAGAAGCCGUCCAACUCAGACUCCGAAGCAACAAUAUCAUCAUCAACAUCUGCAGAAUCAGAGUCAGGGCGGAGAUUCGUGCCUGACUCCAAUGUAGCAACCAUGAGGUUUCAGAAUGAGAGCAAUAGGCAUGAUGAUAAGGUCAUUCAGUCUCCGUGGCUCUACCAGUGUUUAAGUCUCAAGAUGGCAUGAAGGCGUAGCUAGGGUUGGCAUGAAGGUGCCUCAAGAUUUGACAAGCCGAAACAAAAGAAAAUGCAUUGCUGUAUGUAUAGUACAAGCGAAUUCAAUGCAACUUUAGGAGUGAGCUCAAAAGAAUUAAGCAUUUCUCUCAAAAAAAAAAACUAACGUAGUCUGGUCUCAUUUGUCACAAAGAACAAACAGGUUCACCUUACAUCACCACAACUAGGUGCAGAGAUCUAGUUCAAAAAAAGUUCUAGCUUUCGAGGUGGAAUUGAAGACCUUAGGAAGAUAUAUGGUAGUAUAAUUCUGCCAUCGAGACAGGCUUCAGCUAAAAACACAGCUAAGUAGAAGCCCGGUGGAUACUAUUUCCUAACCAAAAGCAAAGGAUGCAUACGAAGCAAUCCAAUCUCUGUUGCCAGCGUAACAUUGUCGGUCAAUAAAAUGAUAGAUAAUAUCAUAGUUCCAUGAGACAUCCAUUAAGCCCGUCUUGCACAACUAAUUGAUGGAUAACAGUCGUGUUGAUUCAUUCAACGACAAUUAGGUACUUGUGGCCACCUCCACAUCUGCUUUCUUUAAGCUGGCCAUAUAUGUUAUAUAGAUGGUCCAAAGAAACGAGAAUGAAUUGCUCACUAGUGGCUGGGAAAAAAAACUAAGGUCAGAAAUGCUGUCAAAAAACACAGAGCCGAACAUAUAGAAUGCAUCAGGAAUUUACCUGUAAAUGAACAGGGACAAACUUGAAAGUAAUAAAGUCACAAGCUGGCCAAUAUACAAUCCCACUUUUGAUGGUCGGAACUAGGUCCCUCUUCAAUCUUGCAAUGAUCUCAGGGACAGUCUCACCUGCGUAGCAAAUCAGAAAAUUCAUUAAAGAGCGUAUGAGACUGCAUACCAAAAUAGUUUGCAACACUAAGGCCUCCUAUCACUGUUUUGGAGAGUAUGUACUGCAUGUAAGCUUAUCUGAAUGCAGUUUCUCCUAUUAUGCUCAACAGUACAAAGUAGGCAGAGAUGUUUACCACGUGCAACCUUAUCCUGAGACCAGUAGUACUGCAGUCCAUGGUCCUAGGUCAUAGACUUUACCAGAACUGAAUUGAAAUGGCUAAUUACAAACAGCAUCAACCAUGAGCUGUACAAGUACAUCAAAACAACUCAAGGCAAGUAGGUGGCAGAGCGUGGCACCAGAAACAAUCAGAAAAUUCACAUCAAAAUGUUCAUCAAGAAAGUGAUAGCCUUGUGUGUGUGUUUCAACUAUGUUGGCAAUUUAGUUACUAUAUGGCUAACGAUGAAAAUGUAUCAACACAGGCACCACAAGGGCAGACUGCAGGUUAGUCGAAAUCAGUGUUUUUAUGACAAAACUAUGACUCACAGAUAUGUUGAAAAGUAAACAAGUGAAAACCAAAUAUUGCUCUUUAGCAUCUUAUGCAGAAUAUCCUUGUGUAACGUAUAAAUAUCUACAUCUGACCGACAUGGAUGAUCAAUCAAACAAGCAAACUGAGGUUUGGAAGAAUCCUAACUCUAAAAGGCAAUAAGGUCAUGUUGAUCCCUGAGAAAAGAGCACUGGUUAUACCAUGACUUUUAUAUUUUUCACACUGCUACUAAUGCACUGAAAGUUAGAUGGAUGGAUUGGUGUAAUGGAUGGAUUGUAUUAGCUUGAGGCCUCGGCCGGUAUAUAUAAGAGUACAAGACUUGAGUUGCAAGGCAA